AUGAAAAGGCUAAACCAGAGUUCAAUGGUUGAAUUCAUUCUGCUUGGCUUUUCUAACUUGCCUGAACUGCAAGAGCAACUCUUUGGGAUUUUCCUGGUUGUUUACUUGGUGACUCUGAUGGGAAAUUCCAUUAUUAUAGUUGUCAUCUCCCUAGAACAUAGUCUCCAUGUACCCAUGUACCUAUUCCUCUUGAACUUGUCUGUGGUUGAAGUGAGUUUCAGUGCAGCUAUUAUGCCUGAAAUGCUGGUGGUCCUCUCCACAGACAAUACUGUGAUUACAUUUGCAGGCUGCUUUGCACAGAUGUACUUCAUUCUUCUUUUUGGUGGGACUGAAUGCUUUCUCCUUGGGGCUAUGGCCUAUGACAGAUAUACUGCAAUCUGCCAUCCACUAAACUACCCAGUGAUAAUGAACAAAAAUGUUUUCAUAAAAUUAGUAAUAUUCUCAUGGGUUUCAGGAAUCAUGGUGGCUACGGUGCAAACCACAUGGGUAUUUAGUUUUCCCUUUUGUGGCCCCAAUGAGAUUAAUCAUCUCUUCUGUGAAACUCCCCCAGUGCUAGAGCUGGUAUGUGCAGACACCUUUCUGUUUGAAAUCUAUGCAUUCACAGGCACCAUUUUGAUUGUUAUGGUUCCUUUCUUGUUAAUUCUCUUGUCUUAUACCAGAAUUCUCUUUGCCAUUCUGAAGAUGCCAACAACCAGUGGGAGGCAAAAGGCCUUUUCCACCUGUGCCUCCCAUCUGACUUCUGUGACCCUCUUCUAUGGUACAGCCAGUAUUACUUAUGUACAACCCAAAUCUGGCUACUCCCCAGAAACCAAGAAAAUGAUGUCAUUGGCUUACACAUUGCUUACACCUAUGCUGAAUCCAUUAAUUUAUAGCCUGCGAAAUAGUGAAAUGAAAAAAGCUUCAAUCAAAUUAUGGAGAAGAAAAGUGGAUUCACACUCCUUUUGA